GGAAGCCGCCCAGGAGUGAGCAGGAGGACUUUAGCCCACAACAGCAGGAAGAUGGCCAUUCCCUUUUCGAACACAAACUAUCGCAUCCCUCGGGGGUUUGCCAACCUUCUGGAAGGGCUGACCAGGGAGGUCUUACGGGAGCAGCCGAAGGACAUCCCGCUAUUCGCCAACAAAUACUUUUUGGAUCUUCUGAAAAACCGGGAAGCAAUGGGCUUCGAUCCAGCGGAAUGGGGCGCGUCAUUAGAGGACAGGUUCUACAACAAUCACUCUUUCCAGCAUGCGGAGGAAAGUGUAUUCACUUCACGCUCUGAAGGCAUCAGCUAUAAUAAAGAAGAUGCCACAGUUGUGGACAGCUCUGUGGAAAUUCCACAGGCUCUAGAUGUCCCAUUAGAGGAGGAACACAAGGCACAGCCUCAAGAUGUCCCAUUAGAGGAGGAAUACAAGGCACAGCCUCAAGAUGUCCCAUUAGAGGAGGAACACAAGGAACAGCCUCAAGAUGUCCCAUCAGAGGAGGAACACAAGGCACAGUCACAAGAUGUCCCAUUAGAGGAGGAACACAAGGCACAGUCACAAGAUGUCCCAUCAGAGGAGGAACACAAGGCACAGCCUCAAGAUGUCCCAUCAGAGGAGGAACACAAGGCACAGUCACAAGAUGUCCCAUCAGAGGAGGAACACAAGGCACAGCCUCAAGAUGUCCCAUCAGAGGAGGAACACAACAUUCAGGCACAAGAGGUUCCAUCAGAAAAGGAGGAACUCAAGAUGGAGCAACACGAUGUCCCAUCAGAGGAGGAGGAACACAAGAUACAGCCACAAGAUGUCUUAUCAUCUACCCAGCUAUCUGAGGAGGAGGAACACAAGGAGGAGGAGGGGCCACGCCAGGAACAUGCUGCCACUGUGAUCCAAGCAUUUUUCCGCGGACUUCUAGCCAGACAGGAAGUAAAGGAACUCAAAAAGGAAGCGGCGGGAGACAAGUGAGUUCAAUAUCCCGACGCGGGACUGACAAUCGACUGUGAAGAGCGGAAUGA